GCAUGGCUUCUGUAAUCCAAAGCUAAACUUUCAGACCAAUCAAUCUUCUUCUUCUUCUUCUUCUUCUCCAAUGGCACCCCCUUCACUCACUCUCUCCUCCAUCUCUGGACAACUCUGACCUCAAUCCCCCCCACGAACCAUUAAAGCAAACACCCACCAUGUCUUUAGCUCCAAGAAGCUACCCAUCUCUUUAUUCAUCACCACCAUUGCCAAAAACUCUCCAGCCCAAGCACCAAACCCAAUCUCUCUUUCCUCAAACCAAACACUUCUCAUCCAAGGGCCUCUCAUUUUUUACCUCCUCCGCAAGUUUCUGCAAUACCCAUUUCCCAAAAUCAAAAAUUUUUAUCGUUAAAGCAUCCGAAACCGAGUCCCAGGCGUCGAAGCCUGAGGGUGCAAGUGAAGGGGGUGAAGGUGAAGACAAGUAUGAAGAAUAUGAGGUGGAGUUGGAGCAGCCUUAUGGCCUGAAGUUCUUCAAAGGAAGAGAUGGUGGGACUUAUAUUGAUGCUAUUCUGCCUGGAGGAGCAGCUGACAAGACCGGCUUAUUCACUGUUGGAGACAAAGUGCUCGCCACCAGUGCAGUUUUUGGGACAGAAAUAUGGCCUGCUGCAGAAUAUGGAAGGACAAUGUAUACCAUCCGCCAGAGAAUAGGCCCAUUACUCAUGAAAAUGCAGAAGAAAUAUGGGAAACUGGAGAGCGGAGGUGAACUAACAGAAAAGGAGAUUAUAAGAGCAGAAAGGAAUGCUGGAUUCAUCAGUAAUAGAGUGAGGGAAAUUCAAAUGCAAAAUUACUUGAGGAAAAAGGAGCAAAAAGAGCAAAGAGCCAAGGACCUUCGUGAAGGGCUGCAACUUUACAAGAAUGGUAAUUAUGAGGAAGCAUUGGUGAAGUUUGAAUCUGUAUUAGGCUCCAAACCAGAUUCAGAUGAAGCUUCUGUAGCGAGUUACAAUGUUGCAUGUUGUUAUUCCAAGUUGAAUCAGGUACAAGCGGGGCUCUCAGCACUUGAAGAUGCCUUGAAAGAUGGAUUUGAAGACUUCAAGCGAAUUCGAACUGAUCCUGACCUAGCCAAUAUCAGAGCAUCUGAAGAAUUUGACCCUCUUCUGAAACGGUUUGAUGAAUCAUUUAUCAAUGAGAAUGCCAUCAAUGCCCUUAAAUCUUUAUUUGGAUUCAACAAGAAAUGAAGUCUUGGUGAGAGGGAUUGCACUUAUGAGCUUUCGAAAAAGAUAGGAGCUAGUUAACCCAUUUACGUGUCAAAUAAUUAUUUUCACAUGUAUGAUUUUUUCACCAUAGAUUUAGUUUAUGCUGGGAUUUGAAGAAAUUCAGUAUCAUGUUCUUGUUUGCUUCAAAUUUUCAUUUCUACCAAAGUUUUUGUAUCUGUAAUUUCCUGAACAGGAAGAUCAAAAAGAAUUUAAAAAGUACA